AUGACGGGGGCCCGGGGUUGGUCCGACAGCAGCAGCUCCGUGGGGCGCCGGUUCCCGCGGCCCCGCCCGGUGCCCCACACUGCACCUCCGGGACGUAGCUUCCCUUUAGCCCCGACCCUCUCGCCCCGCAGGGGCCGGCCGCGCAGGCGGGGGCGGGCCUCUGCGUGGCGCGGCCAAUGGGGACCGAGCCUGCAGGCCGAGGCGUGGCGGCCCCGGCGCGACGCCCCAAGUGGCGGUUGUUUCAAGAUGGCGGACGUGGCGGGCCCCUCCCGUCCCGGUGCCGCGGCGUUCUGGAGCCGGGACUUUUCUGAUGAAGAACAAUCGGUAGUGUACGUUCCAGGAAUUUCUACUGAAGGAAAUGUCAGAUCAAGACACAAGCUGAUGAGUCCAAAAGCUGAUGUUAAACUUAAGACUUCCAGGGUGACUGAUGCUUCAAUCUCCAUGGAGUCCUUAAAAGGCACAGGAGAUUCAGUAGAUGAACAGAAUUCCUGCAGGGGAGAAAUAAAGAGUGCAUCAUUGAAGGAUUUAUGUCUUGAAGACAAAAGACGCAUUGCAAACUUAAUUAAAGAACUGGCCAGAGUAAGUGAAGAAAAGGAAGUGACAGAGGAAAGACUGAAAGCUGAGCAGGAGUCAUUUGAGAAGAAGAUCAGGCAGUUGGAAGAACAGAAUGAACUGAUCAUCAAAGAAAGGGAAGGUCUUCAGCUACAGUAUAGAGAAUGCCAAGAACUUCUAAGCCUGUAUCAGAAAUAUUUAUCAGAACAACAAGAGAAGCUCACCAUGUCUCUCUCAGAACUUGGUGCUGCUAGAAUGCAGGAACAGCAGGUAUCCAGUAGAAAAAGCACUCUCCAGUGUUCAUCUGUGGAACUGGAUGGUUCCUACUUGAGUGUAGCCAGACCACAGACCUACUAUCAAACCAAGCAAAGACCUAAGUCUGCAGUCCAGGAUUCAGCUUCAGAAUCCCUUAUAGCAUUUAGGAAUAAUUCUUGGAAACCAGUAACCCUUCAUCAUCCCAAAGAUGAUCUAGAUAAGAUACCAUCAGAGACCACAACAUGUAAUUAUGAAUCUCCAGGGAGAAAACCAGUAGAUGCAGUCCCAACAGAGAAAAUGCCACAAGAAGAAUUGUACAUGAGGGAAUGUCCAGACCUUAAGCCUACUCCUAGUCAGUGCUGUGGUCAUAGACUUGCUGCAGAUCGUGUUCAUGAGACUCAUCCUACAAACAUGGCCCCUCAACAUCCUAAGACACAUCCAGAAUCAUGCAGUUAUUGUCGGCUUUCUUGGGCAUCUCUGGUGCAUGGUGGAGGGGCACUGCAACCCAAUGAAACUUUGAAAAAGCAGAUCUCAGAAGAUAGAAAGCAGCAACUGAUGCUUCAGAAAAUGGAACUGGAAAUUGAAAAGGAGCGCCUUCAGCAUCUGCUGGCCCAGCAGGAGACAAAGCUUCUUCUAAAACAGCAGCAGCUUCACCAGUCUCGACUGGAUUACAGUUGGCUGAAAGCUCAGGCUCUGUUUAAGUCGAGAGAACUGGUUGCUGAAAAAGAGCUUACUAAACCCCAAGAACUCAAACUGGAUAUGAAUGGCAGUGACUCUGGACCAAGUUUAUUAAAGUCAAACUGUGAUGGCUGGCAGCUCGGAACAUCAUCAUCUAUUAAAAAGCACCAAGACUCUCCAAACAAUGGAGAGAAUAGGAAGGAGAAGAAGACAGUUGGGUUUCAUUCGCAUAUGAAAGAUGAUGCCCAGUGGUCAUGUCAAAAGAAAGAUACAUAUAGACCCCAAAGAGGGACAAUGACAGGAGUUAGAAAAGAUGCGUCUACAUCUCCUAUGCCAACAGGAAGCCUAAAGGAUUUUGUCACCACAGCCUCACCAUCAUUACAGCACACCACCUCCCGGUAUGAGACAUCUUUGUUGGAUUUGGUUCAGUCUCUGAGCCCAAACUCUGCACCCACACCUCAGCGCUAUCCCUCCAGAGAAGCUGGGGCCUGGAAUCAUGGUACUUUCCAACUCAGUCCUCCAAAAUCGACCCGGAAGAAGAUGGGGAUGCACAGAACCCCUGAAGAGCUGGAGGAGAAUCAGAUUCUGGAAGAUAUAUUUUUCAUUUGACAUAUUGCAAAAUUUUCUUAGGAUUUUAAAUUAUUUCAUCGCAAAGUAAUUGUGUCUCUCCUUUCACGGGGACCUGGCUCACUAGCAUCCUGUUACAUAUUGAAUACAGAAAUCAUUCUAACAACCCAGGGUGUUUUCAAUCAGACCAGGCAUUCGAUAACACACUAAGGGGGUAGGAAUGGAAAAUGGUAUCUUGUAUAUGCUAAACAGAUUAGAAAAUUAACAUAGGAUACUUUCUGUGUGGUGGAAACCAUUGCAUAUUCAGCCUCAUUUCAAGAGUGUUUCCUUCUCAAACUUCUGCUAGAAAAGGCUGACUCACUUUUAUAUACAAGAAAAACCUUUCCACUGAAAAAUCCCUCUAAUUUAAAAGUAACCCCUUUGAAACAUAAGCAGUUACAGAAAGGCAGACUCUCUCAUCUUUCUCAUCCUGUUCUCUCACUACUACAUCUCUGUAAGUGGUCCUUUAAUUCUGAAGUUGGAGUUGGUGCCCCUGCCAUCACAAACAACACUGAGAGCCAAUUGUGAGUCAGUCUCAGUAGCCAUCAGCCUGGCAGCUGCCCAUCCUAUAACCAAAGAGCUCAAUGGGCUAGAGGGUGAGACCCAGCCAAUCCUUGGGAGCAAGCAGCACUAAAUCACAUCAGGGAGUGCUUAGCCCUGGGGAAAUUCAGUGGAGGCACAAGCCUGAAGCACUCUUCUACCAAUGUUCAGGUGACCACCCCUCCAAUAUUCCAGAAUGAAUAAGAACAAUCUCUAGGUAUUUUUAUUGACCCAAGUGUUCAGCUUAUUCACCCCACCCCCCACCCCCCAUCACAUGCGCUCCUGUGAACUUCCCAUGGUUAUGUCUAGGUAAAAUGCCACUAGAGAGAGAGUGAUACCAGCUGCUGCAAGCUGAUGGACUUCCUCUGGCCCUCCCUUUUCCUCCAUGAGGAUUAAAGGAUACGAGCUGACCAGGCCUCGCAGGUGCUCUGCUCAUGGUCCCAAAGAACCAUCUCUACUUGCCAGAGUAUGUUCCACCACCCAAGCAGGGUCUCCCUACUUUUUCUCACUGGGCCUCGUUUUGACCCAGAGAAAGCCUAUGGAAGUUAUACAGUGCAGACCUCAUCCUGUCUGCUGUCUUUUCUCCCACAGAGCUCUUGAGAUGGGUCCUUCAGCUUGUAGUGGUCCCUAGUAGCUUCUCAAGCUAAUGGGGAUGAUCAGCCUGGUUUAGCCAGAGUUCAAAACUCUCCAAGUCAUUGAAAGCAAGGGGAGGGUGUGUUCCCAGAUGUGUAUUACUUGGGAAUUUUAUUUGAUCUGGAGGGUGUGGCUUUUUUUCUCUCCUUUUUACCAACCCCAACUAAACUGGGAGAAAGACUUAGUCAGUGUUGGUAGACAAAGUCAUACCACCCAGGACAGCCUGCAUGCAGCGAGUCUGUGUGGCUUCCCUGAAUUAUUGUUUUAAUUAAAACUAGAUUAUUUCAAUCUAGAAAAGCUUUGUUGAGCAGCCUCCUUAUCCAGAUAGAUCCAAAGCUCAUGUCUCUUCAGGCUGAGCCUGGCGCUCAGCCUUCUCUCACUUGGGAUUUUUUAUUCUUUGGAGUAGAAAAGAAUGGAGCCCACCAAUAUUAUAUUUUUCUUCUGAAAUAAAUAUAAAGUCAAGACUAACUAGUUAUAGUCAUUCCCUUAAAAAGUUGGAAAAUCAUUACAGAUUAAAAUUUCCUUAUAAAGUUCACCUCUGAGAGUAACCAAAUCGGUUUCAUCCCAUAUCAAAAAGCCUUUGGAGUGUGGAGCUUUCUGUGGCAUGGCAGAAAUGGGUGGAUGGCAAACUAAGAGCCCUCAGCCAUUUUUUCAGUUAAAGUUAGGUUGCCAGAACUUUCUUUUCCUUGCCCCCUGUGUCAUGACUAGCUUAAGUGUACUUGACUCUCGUAGACUACUCCCAUGCCCACAGUCACCCAUUCCACACUCCAGCGUCUUUAGAACUCUGGAGUGAGAGGAUGCCAGAGGAUCAAGAAAAGGAUCACAGUUUCUUGAAGAAGCUUGUUUGCCUUUAGAAGAAUCGUAAACGGAGUCUAAACUAAAGGCUUUUUUGGGGUCACAGCCGCAGAGUAGAGUUUUAUUGCUUCUUUGCCUCUCCAUGAAUGGCCAAUUUGGAAAAGCAGAGAUGGGCUUUCAGCAGAAUAUCAGCCAAUACAUUUUUCACAUGCAAAACUCAUCACCAGUUGCCUUUUUCUAACUUACGGACAUUUUGUUGGUGUUGGUGCAAGGGCAAUAGGAUGUAAAUUUGUAUAUAAUGUCUUCAUUAUUAAUUGAAUAGUACAUGUUAACAUUUUAAUCUAUUUAAAUUUACUUUGAAAUAUAUACAUACAUAUGAAUGAAAGGUUGUUACAGAGCCUCAAAGCUGUUGCAGACUAUCCCAAGAGAAAGGAUCUGGCGCAAAGGAAUCUGCCUUUCCUCCCUCUCAAGUCUCUCACCCUUGACUGGUUGGGAUUUGCUCGUCCAGCCUCUAGACACUUCCUCAGAGCAAGACUGGACACAUGCCGAGGGCGUUUUGGAUAGUGCCUCAGCAUUGCCCACCCUGCUGCCCACCUCCUGUGAGAGAAAAAACAAUCAAUGUUUACAAAAUGGAAAAGGACACAGCACGUACUUUGAACUCCCUAAGUAAGGCCCACAGUGCUUGAUAUAGAGAACCAAAGUGAAUCACAGAAAAGCUUUUGCUAACAGUCUGCUUUCUAGGAGGCAAACUUGUGUUUAUCCAAACCUGAUCCCCAGGAUGGGGACUUUUCUAGAGCACCCCAAAUGUCAUGGGGAGGGAGGGACUCUUUCUGCUCCCUCAGAGCUACUCUUCCCUUGUCCCUGCUUCCAGGACCAAGUUCAUAAUAGAGAUCUUCUGGCCAGAGAAUCAGGGGAGAGGAGAGGCCUGAUGGGGCAGAGCUGGAUGAAGUCUGCUAAGAGAGAUGGAGGCUGUGGUGGACUCCUUCCAACUCACGAUUUAUCCUCCGCUCAGAGUGUAUUUUGAAUGUGAGCAAAUGUUUAUGUACGUAUGAGAUUUUAAAUUAAUAAAUCAUCUCUAUGGCUAUUUUCCCCAUGUGGGUUUGAUAUUGAAUUGUCCCUUGAACAUCCCUCAUCAGAUCAGUGAGGCAUAGCUUGAAAGCAAGUGCAGAGCCGCAGGUUAUCAAAAUGUUAUUUUCCUCAGUACUUGUUAAAACAGCAGGAGCCUGUCGUCGACUGAGAGAAAGGAAAUGGUUUGUCACAUCCCAGUAGGUUUUUCUGCUGUGGCUCCUGCUCACUCACAUCACGUGAACACCAAGCCGCCUCUGGAUUGUGUGCUUGUUGGAACAGAACAUUCAGUCUCUGUGCACCUGGAAGUCCCUUCUCUGUGCCUACCCCCAUAGCUGCUCAGCAAGGAAGAAAUAUCACAGCACUUUAAGACAAGAAAAAUAGCCCUGCCUAGUUGCCUUUAGUUGCUGGAAGAAUGUAUGUGAGGGCUUCAGUGCCUAAAAUGCUCAAUUCUGAGAUCACACCUGUGGAUUCAACUCAGACAGAGACCCUGUCCUGCCCCCUGUUCCCCAAGCCAGGCUGGCACUUGCACCUGAAUAUGGAGACUUCGCACCUGCCCCUCAGAGGCACAGGUAGCAGGAACAGAAUUCAUUACUCAAACAGCUCCCAAACUGAAAAUGAAAAUUGCUCAUGGACUACUGGUAACACCAUUUGGGUGUUUAGGAAUCUGGAGACCCAGUCUGGGAAUCAAGGGACUUCAGUCAAGUGUAAGAUCCCCCCUAAUUUGAAAAAAAUAACCCCGUGAAUAGCCCAGACUUUCAGCUAACUUUAUCAUCCCUUCUUUCCACCACUGUGGUUCUCUCUUUCCUUUUGCAGCAAGACUUCUAAAGGGAGCAGUCUUGGAUUCAUUGCCCCUUAACACCUCACAAACUGGCUUUCACCCAAGCCCAGUUUAAAGAGAGACGAGUCAAAGUCAAGUUUUCACUCUUGACUUUUCAGCACUCCUGGCCAAUCAGCAACCAAAGCCCUUUUUUUAAUUUUUUUUAAUAAUAGCUUUAUGAGAUAUUACUCAAAUACUGUACAGUCUACCUAUUUAAAGUGUACAGUUCAGUAGUCUUUAGUAUAUUCACAGAGUUGCCUCCAUCACCACAAUCAAUUUUAGAACAUUUUCAUCACCCUGAAGAGAAACCCAUACCCUUUAGCAGUCACCCUCCAUACUGCCAGCCCUAGCCUACCAUUAAUUGACUUGCUAUCUCUAUAUAUUUGCAUAUCUGGACAUGUCAUAUUAAUGAAAUCAUAUUCUAUGUGGUCUUCUGUGACUGGCUUUCACAGCAUAAUAUUUUCAAGGUUCAUUUAUGCGGUCACAUAUACAUGGUUCCUUUUGAUUGCCAAAUAAUACUGUAUCAUAUGAAUAUAUGACAUUUUUGUUUAUCCAUUCAUCAGUUGAUGGACAUUUGGGUUGUUCCCCCCCCUUUUUUUUUUUUGUUAUUAUGAAGAAUGCUGCCAUGAAGAUCCAUGCAAAACUUUUUUUUUUUUUUUUGACAGUUUCGUUCUUGUUGCCUAGGCUGGAGUGCAAUGGUACAAUCUCAGCUCACCGCAACCUCCGCCUCCCGGGUUCAAGCAAUUCUUCUGCCUCAGCCUCACCAGUAGCUGGUAUUACAGGCAUGUGCCACCACGCCCAACUAAUUUUGUAUUUUUAGUAGAGAUGGGGUUUCCGCAUGUUGGUCAGGCUGGUCUUGAACUCCCGACCUCAGGUGAUCCACCUGCCUCGGCCUCUCAAAGUGCUGGGAUUACAGGCAUGAGCCACCACACCCAGGCCCAUGCAAAACUUUUUGUAUGGACACUCCCUUAAACUAAAGCCUAAUCCAGAGCAAAGCGCUGACUCUUUUCAAUUCUGUGAAGGCUGAGAGAGAUGAGGAAGUUGUAGAUGAAAAGCUUGCAGCUAGCAGAGGUUUAAGGAAAGAGACCAUCUCCAUAAUGUAAAAGUAUAAUGUGAAACAGCAAGUGCUGAUGUAGAAGUUACGGCAAGUUAUUUAUCCAGAAGAUCUACCUAGGAUCAUUGAUGAAGGUAGCUACACUAAACAAUGGAUUUUCAAUGUAAAUGAAACAGCCUUCUAUUGGAAGAAGAUGCCAUUGAGGACUUCUGUAACUAGAGAGGAGAAGUCAAUGCCUGGCUUCAAAGCUUCAGAGGAUAGGCUGACUCUCUUUUUAGGGGCUAAUGUAGUUAGUGACUUUAAGUUAAAGCCAAUGCUCAUUUACAAUUCCGAAAAUCCAAGGGCUAUUCAGAAUGAUGCUAAAUCUACUCUGCCCAUGCUCUAUAAAAGGAACAACAAAACUUGUAUAGCAGCACAUCUGUUUACGGCAUGGUUUACUGAAUAUUUUAAGCACAGUGUUGAGGCCUACUGCUCAGAGAAAAAGAUUUCUUUCAAAAUAUAACUGUUGUUACAAUAUACUUCGUCACCCAAGACCUUUGAUUAAUAUUUACAAGAAGAAUGUUGUUUUCAUGCCUCCUAACACAUCAUCCAUUCUGCAGCCCAUGGAUCAAGGAGUAAUUUCAACUUUCCACAUCUUAUUGUUUGAGAAAUACAUUUUUGAGGCUAUUGCUACCAUAGAUAAUGAUUUAUCUGAUGGAUUUGUGCCAAGUAAAUCGAAAACCUUCUGGAAAGGAUUCACCAUCCUAGAUGCCAUUAAGAACAUUUGUGAUUCAUGGGAGGAGGUCAAAAUAUCAAGAUUAACAGGAGUUUGGAAGAAGUUGAUUCUAACCCUCAUGGAUGACUUUGAGGGAUUCAAGACUUUAAUGAAGGAAGUCACUGCAGAUGUGGUGGAAAUAGCAAGAGAACUAGAAUUAGAAGUGAAGCUAAAGAUGUGACUGAAUUGCUGCAAUCUCAUGAUAAACUUGAACGGAUGAGGAGCUGGUUCUUCUGGAUGAGCAAAGAAAGUGGUUUCUUGAGAUAGAAUCUACUUCUGGUGAAGACGCUAUGAACAUAAUUGAAAUGACAACAAAGGACUUAGAAUAUUAUAUAAAUUUAUUUAAUAAAGCAGCGUCAGGGUUUGAGGGAAUUGACUCCAAUUUUGAAAGAUGUUCUACAGUGGGUAAAAUGCUAUCCAAUAGCAUCACAUGCUACAGAGAAAUUUUCAUGAGAGGAAGGGUCAAUUAUGUGCCACACUUCGUUGUUGUCUUAUUUUAAGAAAUUGCUACAGCCACACUGAUCAGCAACCCACACUGAUCAGUCAGUAGCCAUCAACAUCAAGGCAAGACUCUCCAUGGGCAAAAAAAGAUUACAACCCCCAGCCUGGCAUGGUGGCUCACGCCUGUAAUCCCACAUUUUGGGAGGCCGAGGCGGGUGGAUAACCUGAAGUCAGGAGUUCAAGACCAGCCUGGCCAACAUGGCGAAACCCCGUCUCUACUAAAAAAUACAAAAAUCAGCUGGGCGUGGUGGCAGGCACCUGUAAUCCCAGCUACUCAGGAGGCUGAGGCAGGAGAAUCUCUUGAACCUGGGAGGCGGAGGUUGCAGUGAACUGAGAUUGCGCCAUUGCACUCUAGCCUGGGAGACAGAGCAAGAUUCCAUCUCAGAAAAAAAAAGAAAAAAAAAGAUUACAACCCACUGAAGGCUCAGAUGAUCCUUAGCAAUAAAGGAUUUUAAGUUAAUACGUGUUGAUUGUUUUUAGUCAUAAUACAGUUGCACACUUAGUGGACUAUGGCACACUACAGUGGACUACAGUUGUGUGAACAUAACUUUUAUAUGCACUGGGAAACAAAAAAUUUGUGUGACUCCCUUUGUUGUGAUAUAUGCUUUAUAGUGGUGAUCUGGAACUAGCCCCACAUUAUCUCUGAGGUAAGCCUGUAUGUCUUUGUGGGGUAAUGACCUGGAAGUGAUAGAGUUAGGAAAGAAGGAUGAAAACCCAGACUGUGUGGGAGGAGGAGAGGAAUCUAGAAUGUUGGGCAUGUAGAGUGGAGGCCGGUGGGUGCCAGGCAAGCAUCGAAAACUCCUGAAGCACUUAACUGUGCACUAGACCCUUGGCUGGGCCCUGUGCACCAUUUUAUUCAAUCCUUAUGAGAUGAGGCCUUUUUUCAUAGUUUUCAAAAUCAUCCCAUUAUAUGGGUUAUUCUUGUAAGCUACAUCAUAUCCUUUAUGUAAUGAGGCCAGGUAUACAUCUAUGCACACCUAAAACUUGAGGGUGAUUUUUUGCACCAAUAAUGAAAAUGAAGUUUAGCAAAACUUGCCAAGGUCAUCAACUAGUCAGAAAUAGAAUUCAAACUCAGAAACUGGGGCAGGAGGGUCAUUUUUUACUUCUUCCCCUCUCUUUCCUAUUUCUAGUCAAUCUUCAAGAAGUAUCAAGUCCGUCCGGGCGCGGUGGCUUACACCUGUAAUCCCAGACUUUGGGAGGCCGAGACAGCUGGAUCAUGAGGUUUGGUGCCUGGAAUGCUGACCUAGAUCUGGAAACUAGCCCAGGUGAAAACAAGAAUGAUGAGGCCACAGUGUCCAUGAAAGUAGGGUGAGGCAGGGUGUCCUGUGGAGCCAGAGGGAGUACCAAGAGGGAGGUCCUUGGAACAUGGAGGAACCAGAAGGCCCAGGAGUAGAAAGCAGUGUUGGUGUUUGUGAGAAAGUAGAAAAGGUGGUUGGCCAGAGGACAGGCCCUGUUCAAGAUCUGACCAGGACAUCAGAGCUGGCCUCUCCCUCCCUUCUUCCUUGCAGGCCACAGCUGAGCAGCCUUAACUGACACCUCCUUGGCACCAGCACACAAACAAUGGCCCAUGGCCUGAUGUCUGCCAGGAUGCCCUAGGCCCGUGCCCUUCACCUGUUCUGCAGCUAUAAGACUGUAGUGUUUGCCCUCCUUGAUUCUUCCAGGUACUGCCCCACCCUGUUCUUCUUCCCAUUCUUUGAGUGCUGAGAUUGGCCAGUCCCGUGCUGAGAUGAGGGAGCCGGAGGAAGGGAGACUGGCUCUCACUCCUCACUGCUGCCCAUUGGGAUGGGAUGAACUUCACAGCUCUGGUUUCCUGUGUUCUCCUCUCAGCUGCAGGUGAUUUAAACUUGUUGGAUUUAUAUAACAUUGGGAAACGGUAAACUGUGUAAAUUUGCUAUGUUUUCCAGGGACAGUUAUUUAUGGAAGGGCAUUUUUAACUCGAGUGCUAGAAGUGUUAAAUCAUUAUAAUAAAUUCAUGCUAUUCAGACUUUCCCACAUUGUAAUAAAUUUUUUCUAAGCAUGAAUGAGAAGAUCCAUGAUUCUUCUAAUAUACCAUUAUGUAUUUCUUCUCAAAAUGACACAGCUCACUACAAGUUGGAGAAUAAUAGAAGGAGAUUUACUGUGUUGGAGGGGAAAAAAAAGCAGUUGAGCAGGGAUGAGUCUGAGAAGGGACUUGGGAGCAGUGAUCACAAGCAGAACUUCUCCCUGCCUCUCUGCUUGCUUCUUAGCCAGAUGGAAGGGACAGGCAUUGAGGGGUUACAUCCCCUCAGUCUCCCACCUGAGCUUAGGGACAGCCUUUGUACACAGAAAUGGGGCAUCCUAGUUGCCCUCUGCGCUGUCCUGUCCAGGGGCAGGUGUGGAAGUGAGGCUCUGUUAGAAGGAGAAGCUGUCUUUCCGCAUGAUAUCAAAGCCCUGCCAGGAACAUCAGUCUGGGCAGAGAGCUGCCCUGCAUAUAGCACCCUCUCCUCACCUCACUCUUCACCUGAGAGCUCACCUGGAUCAGAAGAUUCAUACCUUCUACCAGAUUCUCAAAGGGAUCUGUGAUCCAAAAAAAUUCAGGAAUCACUGGUCUUGGGUGAAUUCUGAAGCAUUUUCUGACUGUCCACUAUGUGCUAGUGAAAGUUCAGCAACAUAGCUCCGGACUUCCCACAGAGGACAGGGCAGUGAGGCAGAAGGUCAAGUUGAGCUGCAGUUAAGAGUUCCUUGAGGUCAGUGCAGUCACAGAGCCCUGAAUAGUAACGUCUGGGUCAGGGUCUUCAAUCAGAAUUUUCCCAGGCAGAGGAGCACUGUGUUCAAAGGCAUGGAGGAAAGAACCCCAAGGUAGUGAGCUCAUGGACAGCCUUGAAUGCUAGGCUUGACGUUUACACUUGGAGGAGCAGCAAGGCUCAUGCUUGCAUAGGCCCAUGAGACCUGCAUAGACUGCAAUCCUUGGCAACAGUUUACUUAGUGUUCCAUCAGAGGCUUGGGUUUAAGUUAUUGCUCUGUAGCUGUGUGACAUUGCACAAGUCCCUUCACCACUCAGUGCCUCUGUCUGCAAAACAUAGCACAUGUAUGCCUGCCUGCCUUGCCUGGCACAGUAUCUGUGGGGAUCUGAUGAAAGGAUGCUAAUGCACCUGCUGAGUAAACAACUGCAAACCUCUUAAUACAUAUCAGGUGUCUGUAAUUUAUCUGGAGGCUGGCAAGAGGCAGUGGGCCCCUCUGAAGCAUGGAGAGUAGGGGAUUCCAUGAUAGCCAGGCAGAGCUGGGAAGCUGGGCCUGCCAGCUCCCAACCAUCGCUGCCUCCUGCGCAUGUCACCACCUCAGGCAGUGCCUCCAUCAGGGCACCCCACUGCCACACUUGCCCUGGUUUGAGAAUGUCAUUUAACUCUGUUUCUCCCAUCAGCCUAGAACUUUGUCCCUCAUGCAAGGUCCUGGCUUCUUAAGACACCUCUGCCUCAAUGGCCCUGGCUCUCCAGAUCUCAGCCUUGAGGAGUGUCAGCAUCAGGCAGAGCUGAGAGCCGUUCCAGGGUUGGGACCUCAGUUGUGGUCCACAUGGCCAUCUGCCUCCAUGAGGGGUGCCUAUGGGUAACUCCUGCCCUUCUUUCUCAUACUCUCCAUCCCAGCCUCCAUCCUCCACCUCUAGUAUUUCCAAAUCUGUCCCUUUCUUCAGAACUGAACAACUAGUGAUAUUAUUUUCUUGUUUUGCCAGUCAGGCUGCCCCUGGGAUGGAGUGGGAAGGGCAUCCCCAAUUGUUUCUGAGCCAUGGCUAGUGUUUUUUUAAUGGGCUGGAGGAGAAACCAUGGUGGCCUAUCAUGCUGCUGGGACUGCUGAGGUUGCAAGCUUCCCAUGUCUGUGUUUGGGGGUUUCUCCUUUCAUGUUACCCAGCACAUUGUCUGAGGAAGCAAGCGGGUGGGGAUUGUUCUCUGCAAUGCCCAGUCCACAUGGCUGACCGCUUUCCCCAGGCUAACCCAGCUAAUGUUCAAACCAGCCAUUUUUUUUUCAUACAUUUUAUUUUGAAGUCAGACAUACAGAGAAGUUUUAGAAAUAACACAAAUAAUUCUUUUAUACCCUUUACUCAUAUUCCCCAAGUGUUAACAUUUAACUUGUUUGCUUUAUCAUACACUCUCUCACACACAUAUAAACACUGUAUUAUUACUUUUUUUCUGGAAACAUUUGAGAGUAAAUUGCUGACCUAAUACCCUUAUUUCCCCAAAAAGUUCAGCAUAUAUUUCCUAAACAAGGACAGCCUCUUACAUAACCACAGUACAGAUAAUCAAAAUUAAGAAAUCAAUGCUGACACAGUACCUGAUCUUAUUUAAAUGUUGCCAGUUGUUGAACUAAUAUCCUCUGUAACCAAAAACAAAAACAAAAAAAAGAAAGAAAUUCUGGCCCAGAAUCACAAGUUGCAUUUAGUUGUCUUGUCUCUUUAAAUGAGCACAAGCCAUUUACUUCAUAGAACAUUUUGGGUUUGUCUUGUUUCCUUAUGAUUAGAUUCUGGUUAUGCAUUCUCAGCAAGAAUAAGUGAUACUGUCUACUUUUGAACACAUCUGACCAGGAGGCCCAUGAUAGCAUUUGUUACAGGUUACAUUCCAGAUGAUACUAACUUUGAUCACCUGGUUAAGGUGGUAUCUGCCAGGUUUCUCCUUGUAUAAUAAAAUUACUAACUUUCCCUUUGUAAUGUAUAAGUAUCUUGUGGGGGUAUACUUUGAGGCUAUGUAAAUAUUGUUUCUCAUACCUUUUUUUUUUUACCUACUUGUUUUAUCACCCAUUGAUGUUUCAGCACAUUGCAGUUAAAUCCUUAGUCUUCUACUUUGCCCCUGCCUACUCUCUUUGACCAGCCCACUGCUAGGAGAGAGACUGGAAACAGAGACCAUUUACUUCUGAUCCUCAGGGCCAUUAGCUAGGGCAAGAACUACAUACAAAGCAACACACAACAGCAUGGGAACAAGAGCCCAGUGAAGUGGUUCCCACUCAGGGCACUAGAAAGUCAGAAAACAGGUUUUCUGUUUCCAGUAGACCCCCUGGAGUAGGUGGACCCUGGACUAGGACUUAAGGACAGGGAGAAUUUGGAUGGCCAGAAAUCUGGAAUGACAUGAGAAUCUGUGUCCAUAUGCCAUAUUUGAGGGCCCCAGUGAGACCCUGCCCCGAAUGCCUGUCAUGCCAGGAGCUCCCAGAGUACUGGGAAGACCUAAACCACCAGGCUUUCUUUUGAUCCCUGUUCAGAGUUAGGGCAACAUGGGGCAGAGGGACCCUGCAAUGAGUGGGCCAGGCCCAGGGUGCUUCAGAAGAGGCCUGUGGAAGGCAUCCCUGCUUCCACUCCCCACCUCUUCUCAUGCAUUCAGCAAACACUGGUGAGCAACUACUCCAUGCCAGAUAUUGAAGUCAAUGCUGAAGACAUAUAAUACUCUCUAAGGGGAUGCUUUGAGCCCAGAGAUUCUUAAGGUCACUCAGCACUGAGGGCAAGGCAGGAGCUGGCUCCUGCCCAGAAUCAAGAGCAGAAUACAGUGGAGGAUAAAACCCUGUGCCAAGCUCCCUCAUUCCAGGAUGACUGUCAUGCCCAGAGCAAGGAUGAGGGUACUCACAGUCACGCAUCUCCUCUGACUUUUCUUCUCCAGUGCCCUUUCCCAGCGCUUGCAGAGAGCUUCAGGCACACUGAAGUUGGGCCAAAUCCCUGAGACCCAGGCUGCCUGCUCACUUUGCAGAGGAGGCAUCUGAGGCCAGAGAGGUCUGAGCCUUUCCAAGACAGGCCUGACUCCACUUUUCUGCCCUGUGGAUAGGCUGUGUGUCUCUGUUUGAGGCUUGGAAACACAGUCAGCAAAGAGGCUUUUGAGGCAGGAGCCAUUAUGCAUGUGCCUUGAAUAGGUAGCUUUUUCCAGUGUAAUAUGAAGAUUACAUACACGGCGUCUGCCAUAAGGCAGACCUGGGUUCAAAUCCCAGUUCUGGGGUUCACGUGACUUUCAUACAGCAUAUAAGCUCAUCUGUAAAAUAGGGCCCAGGAUUGCUGCAAAGAUUGACUGGAAUGGUGUCCCUGAAGUAGCCAGGACAGUGUCUAGAUGAUAAGUAAGUAGAUUGUUUUGAAACAAGGCCUGUGUCUUCCCCCAGCCUACCUAAGACAUCUUGCAGUUCUUCAGAUGGUCUGGGGUCCUUUGUGCCUUCAUGACCCCUCCCAUGGAGUCCAUGUAACACCUGCUCACCCUACAAAACCUGGCCCAGGUGUCUCCACUUUCCCAGACAGGGCCACUUGCCUUCCGUCCUCUGGGCUGUCCUGGGCCCCCAACAUAGUUCCCACACGCUGGUGUGCAGUUGUCUUUUGCUUGUCAAGGAACCUCAUGGGGGAAUUAGUGCAGCUGAUUUUGAAUCCUGGCUCCAUUACUUUCUUACAGUGUGGUUUGGGGCAAGUUACCUACCUUAUCCAAGCCUGUUUGUUCAUCUGUAAGGUAGGGUGAUAGGACCUUGCAGAAUUACAGGAUUAGAGAUAAUACCCAUAACAUACCUCACAUUGGGCCUGGAAGGUGCCCAGUGUGUGCUAUCUUCAUCUCUUCACCUCUAAUCCUUAGUGCAGUGCUGUGCUCAGUCGGUACACUAUAAAUAUUGGUUCAGCAGGUUAGGGAACAAAUUACUCCCCAUGCCCAGGUAGUUUUCAUUUUAAAAGCAGAACUAAUGAGGCCCAGGUCUAACCCAAAGAAAAAGGCCUAACAAUGGGAUCUGAGACCCUGUGUAGGACUGGAGUGCAGUGAGAAGCUUGGGGCAUGUGUGUUGGAUCUCCUUAGUAGAAGCCCACAUCCUGCCCAUGCAGGGCGAAAAUGACCCACAGUUGUCCUGCUCCUGAAGCCCCUCCUUGGUUCCCAUGAAGAGAGCAGGAAAUGGAAGGGAAACAAGGUUGACAGCUCCUGAGCCCUCUGGACUUCCUGCCAUCCCAAUGCCCAUGGCUCCCUGAGCUGGGCCCCAGGAAUAGGUAAGGACAGAGUAGCAAUAGCAACAGUGAAUCAUGUUGGAGACCCUGAAGACAAGAGGCAUCUUCGUGCCUCAAUUAGUGAAGUAUGGGGCCUUCACAAAUGGCUGAAUUUUCCCUUUUAUUUUAAAAAGUUUAAUUUUUUUUUUUUUUUUUUUUUUUGAGACGGAGUCUCACUCUGUCGCCAGGCUGGAGUGCAGUGGCGCAAUCUCGGCUCACUGCAAGCUCCGCCUCCCAGGUUCAAGCGAUUCUCCUGCCUCAGCCUCCUGAGUAGCUGGGACUACUGGCAUGCGCCACCAGGCCCAGCUAAUAUUUUGUAUUUUAGUAGAGACGGGGUUUCACCGUGUUGGCCAGGAUGGUCUCGAUCUCCUGACCUCGUGAUCCUCCCGCCUCGGCCUCCCAAAAUGCUGGGAUUACAGGCAUGAGCCACCAUGCCCAGCAAUAAGCUUAAUUUUUUUAUAAGCAAAUUCUUAAGAUCAAUGCAAACCCAGUUGAGCACCCACAGUUUGCACUGAUCUUAAGAAUUUGCUUAUCAUUUUCUCCGGUGUUAAGUGUACUGGGGGAAAUGGCUGACACAGCUCAAAAGGCUUUUGAACUUCAGGUAGCUCCAUAAAAUGUUAAUAAAUAUUAUAUUUAUUUCAAUUUAAUUUUCUCUCCUUGUUAAUAAUAAAAGCUCCUGUCUGUCCCUACAACCAGCAAGUGCUACCAAGGAGGGGACUUAUGUACCCAUUAGCAAUAUGUUUACUAAUUUGUUACUCACCUUUAAGAACUCCAGCUCUAUCAAGGAGAGAAGAUAAUCAAGGAGAGAAGGGAAGAAAAGAAUUGGUACCUAGAUCAAUAUAGAUGCUGUCAUUUCUUACAGGUGAAAUUGCGGUUGUUGAGAAAAAAAAUCAGAAGAAAGAAGGGAGUAGGAGACAUGAGAGAAGGGCUGGAGGGGAUUAACUGUGCAGAGAGUUUACAACUGAGGGAGAUGUGAUGUAGAGAUCAAGGGCACAGCCAUGCAGAUAGACCUGGACUUGAAUGCUGAUUCUGGGUAAUUUAGGUGAGGGACUUAACCUCUCUGAGCCUCAGUUUUUGCAUCUGUAAAUUAGGGUAAUAUCAUCUGCAUCAUAGAAUUAUUGUGAGAAUUCGAUGAGAUUAUAACUAAGCAGUUCUUAAUGCAGUGGCUAGUACAGAGCAGCACCCCAUAAGUGACUGACAGCUACACCCGUGCCUCAAUGAAUGAUGCCCAAAUGAUGAGUGGAACUGGAUGGCCCCGAUGCCUCUGCUCAGUCAGUGGGUCCCGAGCAUCCCAAGGCCUAGGCUCACCUCCUGGGAGUCACAUGGGGCAGCUACAGGAGCCUGGGCACAUCACUGCCUGGCUCUGGGUCUCCUCACUGAAAAUGAGGAUGACAGCUCAGUUCCUUCCACCUGUACACUCCAUGCACACACACUUAAAGAGCAAGGUAAACAAGAACUGACAACACAGGCUGCUGCUAGGGAGAGAAAUGGAUGACUGGAUUCAGGGGUGGGAAGAACUUCAUUGUUUCCUUUUUCCUGUGUUUUGAAUUUUGAAAUAUAUGAAUACAUUAUUCAAAAAAAUAGAUAAAUUUUUUUAAAAUGCAAAGACCAAAUUAGUAUGCAGCCUGAGGCCAUGUGAGCCCAGAGGAGGAAGGCUGCAGACAGCGGCAGUCACAGUUGUAUUGGGAAUGCUCUCGGGAAAGGAAAGGGCAAAGAGAGCAGCAGAGGCACAGGAGUGUCAGCUAAUUGGGGUCCCUGGAAAAAAGCAGUGAGAGGCAGAGGUGUGUGCACCUCAGCAUGACAGGAAUUCUCUGGGAGUGGCAUAUGCUGACUGGACUUCACAAAAAAAUGACCUCAAAUGGUCUUGUGUCAUGUUCAAGUUUGCUUGUGUUGGGAGGUGGAUUGUCAAUAGAAUGGAAUUAAGAAAAGGGAAGGAGGAUGGGAUCGCAGCCUGAGCCAUUCAUUCUGAGUAUCUAUGCUGUAAGAAAUUUGCCACUCUGAUAAUCCUUGGGGUGGAAUGUAGCUGAAUGUGGCUGUCUCUUGUUCACUUCUCAACACUCUUGGGGGUAGUAUUAUCCCCAUUUUAGAGAUAAGGAAAUUGAGGCUCAGAGAGGUUAAGUAAUGUUUCCAAAGUGACACAGAAGGUAUUAGAGAGAACUGUGAUUUGAAUCCUGGUCUGAAGUCAAAGUCCAUGCCUUUUUCACUCUAAUACCCUAAUCUUUCCAUCUCCUCUGCUAGUCUGGGAAAGUCCUGGUUAGAGCUUCACAAAGGGCAGAAACAGAGAUGGAGAUGCUCAGAGUUUCCUGAAGAGGCAAACAGGCUGGCAGGAAGAGGGAGAAAGGGUGAUAUAGAGGGCCCUGGGGAGCUGAUGCUGGCUCUCCAGGCUUCCACUCUGUCACUAGCAAGUCCCGGGGCACCUGGUAGUGUUGGGGACCAGAGACUGGGGGGUAACCAAGGGGAGAACUUGAGGAGAGAAAUAGAGGGAGGGUCAGUAGGGGGAGGAAACUAGAAAGUUAAAAUAAAAAUCUUAUACUUGCAAGCAUUUAUCUUGGGAUGGGAGGGUGUGUUGACUAUACACUUAUUCCACGUGCUACCACUACUUAAAGAGCAUUUCCAGAACACCUGCCUUGUUGGGACAUGCCUUCAGUUGUCCGUAAUUUGUCCAUUCCUUCCUUCCUUAUUCACUCAUUAAUGCAGGAAUGAAUCAAUACUGACUGAAUAUCCAACUUCCAGAACUCACUAGUCUGUUGAAGGUAGUACAUCAAUGGUAGCUAAUAAUUUUUAUUUGGGGGUGGGUUCCAUUUGGGUAAAUAGUCAAAUGGCAUUCACAGCCAAGUCUGAUGCUGUCACUUUGGGCUGGGCUUCCUAAGCUCACUGCCACAUGUCCCUUUUCCACUUUAACAAGUGGUCAAGCAAGGUGGGGAAUGUUUAUCUGUGUUUUACCCACUGUAAUUCAAACACUAGCCCUGCAGACCCUGUGCGAUGGGGAUCUGCAGCUUUGCCCAGAUGACCAGCAGCAGUCCUGGAGGAUGGAGGCCCUGGCAGUGCUUGCAUGAGUGGGGAAGCUCUAGUACAUCUUGUGUUUCUCUCUACCAGUGCUUAGUGUGAGGGACGGGGAUAUAAUCCUGCUCAGAACAGGAAAAAGGUCAGAUCUUUAGAAAAACACAGAGGGAGAUGGCAGCAUUAAAUGAAAAGUCUCAAUAAACAUAACUUUUUCAUACUAGCAUCACAGAGAUAGGAGGAUAGAAGGAGGAGAAGAAAGAGAAAAGAGAGAGAAGCUGUGACUACAAAGCUUUGGAGGAAGAGCUGGAAGGCCUUUGAAAGUGCUGCUGGGAACAGGUGCAGUUGCCCUGGGGAGGUGCUGGAGAGGGGACUGGGGCUCCCACCAGGAGCCAGUUCCACCCCAGGAUAAGGCAGUGGUGAGGCUAUGAAGGCCAAGUUCCCCAGGGGCUGCCACAGCAAGGUUACAGAUGCCCAACAGGCCAGAGCCAGCUGGCAGACAUCAAUGCAGCAUGGAAAACAUUAAGGGGAAGUGGAGGCAUUUAGCAAUGAAAUGACUUGAUACCUGAGGUUUUUGUCAAACUGUGAGUUGAGGUAUGCUGAAGCUAGGUAGUGAGUACAUGGGGAUUCCUUAUGCAAGUGUCUCUACUCUUGUUUAUUGUGCUUGAAAUAAAAAGUUUCUAAUAAUAAGCAAAAGGUCUUUUACAAAUAGGGGUGCUAUGAAGAAGCCACACACUGCAGAUAGGAUAACAGCAAAGGAAUAAAAGCCAUAGAAUAGAAGCAGAAAUUAACAAGAAUUUUGUCUUGGGUUCUCUUAACUAACAUUGCAAAUCAGGAGUUCUUAACCAGGGAGUGAUGGAUGAGUUGCAGGGAUCCCUGAGCUCUCCGUAAUCAUGUGCAAAGUGAUCUAAUAGUUUCCAGCAAGUUUUGAAGGAAUCUCUUUUCCCCAGAGGUUAAUAAAUUGUAUUCUCUCUUAAGUGUGCUAUGCAUGUAUCAGUCACCUGGUGUGUGGUUUUUACAUUGAAGGUUUCUUUUAUAGAACUGGAAUGUUCAUAUCUGGCUCCAGUGUUUUCAGCUCCCCUCUCAGUCAGCCAUACCCGGAAGAGGAUUAAAUUGCCUGGCUGGCUUCACAGCCCAUCUCUCUGGUGACAGCUCCCAGGGUGCCUACAGCCCUUAGCCACAACACCUUAAGUGGAGGGAGGGGAGGGCUAUGUCCCAGAGACAAGGGUACACAGUGGGGAGGUGGACACAAACAGGAGAGGUCUGGGUAGGUCACUUGGGGAUCUCCGGGAGGCUUCCUGGGGUCUGAAAGAGUAAGAGGGGGCGCUGGGGGUUGAGGUUGUCCUCUUUCAGCUGCAGUUAUGCAAUAGAAAUCACCAUGUUGACUAGUCUGAGGCUCAAAACCUAAAGACACCUCCCCACUCCCCAGAGAAUUUCUUAGAAAACACCUUCCAUUCUUCUCAGGGCAGAAUAAUACCCAGUCUGACAUCCAGCCCCUUGAAGCUAAUUCUUCCAAGAAGUGCAGCUCCCUAGAAUGGACACAGCAGGCUGUCACUUGGACUUGCAGCCCUGUUGAGCAGCAAAGGGGGGUUUAGGGGACAUUCGGGGUCUCCUCAGUCCCUCUCUCUUGGAACCAUGUCCAGAUUUAGGUCAAGGCUUGAAGGCCUUCCCUUAUUUGCUGAUACAUGGAGAUCUUUCUUUCCAGCCUAAUGCAUCACAGGCCAGCAUCAGAAGCACAGACUUGGCCCCUGGCCCUGAGAAGAGAGAUGGGAGGAGAGGAUGGAGCAUGGGGUCCAGGCACUGCUCUGUAGCUGGGGCUCUGAGCUCUACUCUCCAUACCCUCCUUCAGAGGAGACAGGUGGGGACCAAAGCCAUUUCCCCAUCUCCCACAGGGGGGCACAGACUGACAGACAGUCAAUGACCCUUGUUUCCAGGGGCUUGUCUUCUCUCCUCCAGGCAUCUGAAGGCUUGCAGGUUCCCUGCCCCUCAUGUGGCAGCCCUCCUGUCUCAGCAGUGGAGAGAGGUGGGGGCCCUGGGAAAGAGUCACCCAUUCCUAGACCAGACUGCAGGGCUAAGGGCAGAAGAAGGGAAGGAGGUGGGAGAGUGAAGAUUGAGAAGAAGGUCUGUCCCAGGCCAGGACUGGGUGAAGGCAUGCAGCUGGUGUGCAGCUGUCUGGGCUCUCCUCUCCAGAGGCCUGUUGCCCCUCUCCAAGUCCUGUGUGGUGUCCUUCCUCCUUCAGAAUGCUCUUCCCUCCCACCCUGGCAUUCAGGGUCUGGACACCUCUCUCCAGCUCGUAUCUAAGUGUAGGACAGGCAGCAUGCCAGGAAACCCCCCAGGGGAGGACCCCAACUCUUCCUUCUACACCCCUGCCCCCGCCAGGACCCUGACUAAGGGCCCAGAAUCCUGUUUUCUCUAUCCCUGCAAACUGCCAAAGCAGCGGGAGGUAUGGGGCCAAGAGCAAGAUGCUUGCUGGUAAAUUUGGAGUUGCAUCCUCAUCCUUCUUCCUUUAUUGUGGCCUCUUCCCUCCACUGCCUCCUUCCCUAAGAUGUCACAUAACUUCCCCCCAACCCAACACUUGCUCGGCCUUCAGGUCUGGUGGCCUCGGUGGCCUCCUUUCUGUUCUGCUUGGACACUGUGGCCACCUCUGCCAGGAACCCAGAAGAAUGAAUUUGCAAUGGGGACUUUCAGAGACACACACCAGUCCAGAGAGAUUCUUCCUAGAGUGGAAAAGGACCUCCUUUUAUUGUUCCCAUCACCUCCCAGAAAAAGCCUCACAUGCUGAGGCUCAGAAUGAGGGCCUGUGUCACAGAUUCCAUAAAGAGGACCAAAGCUACUUCCAGUGGGCAAGCCUUGGGGCUGUGAGGCACAGCUGGUCAGAGUCCGAGAGGCACAGACCAAUGAAGAAAUCUUUUUUUAAACUGUGCUUUAUUUAGGGCUAAGCUGGAGAAAGCGUCAUCCAAUAGUUACAGAAGGUUACAAGGAGUUUUAGGGAGUUGAGUGUGAAAAGAGCAGUUGUACUGAACUGCAGCUGUUUUCUUUUUUUUUUCUUUUUUUUUCGUUUUUUUUUUUUUUUUUUUUUUUUUUUUACAUCUGGA